UUUUAAAAUGCAAAAGGAGCAAAUUAGCUUUCUUUCGUCAAUAGUAAUUUUUAAGGAAGGAAAUAAUGUAAAAAAAUCUCAGUCGACUUCUUUCUUUGGCCAUGCUUGGAAGUGGGAUUGACCUUAAAACUUUGCGGUCUCAAGGAACGCUUAAUUAAUCGAUGUGAAGAAAACAUAAUAAUCGCUUCAUUUCUGUUGCAGUCUAAUCACAGACCACCCCCCUCUUCCCCAGCCUUAGGGGAGGGAGCGUUCAAUAAAAGUCUGUGUAAACUGAUGCCCGGGCCAUAGUACUUCGAAGGAGCGCUGCUCGAACAAGUUAAAACGGAGCAGAGAGUAACCUCAAAGAGCAGCCCUCGAAACAAAAAAACUGCUCAAACCGACCAACGCACGGGAUCGCAAUGGCUCUGCUGGAGCGGAUCCUGAAAGCCCGUCCGAGCCCGGCGGCCGGGAGGAGCGGGCUUCUGGGCGGCUGGGACGCUGGGCAGCCCCGGCUGGCCAGCUCCGGGCUCCCGGCGAGGGCGCGGGCCGAGGACAAAGGAGCGGGGCGGCCAGGGGCGUCGCAGGCCGGGGGCCGGGCAGAGGGGCCCCGAAGCCUCGCCGCCAUGCCGGGGCCCCGGACCCUGGCCAACCUGGUGGAGUUCUUUGGGAAGGACGGCUUCAGCCGCAUCCACGAAAUCCAGCAGAAGCACACACGGGAAUAUGGAAAAAUCUUCAAGUCUCACUUUGGUCCUCAGUUUGUAGUAUCUGUUGCAGACCGAGACCUGGUGGCUCAGGUUCUCCGCGCGGAGGGGGCUUCGCCCCAGAGAGCCAACAUGGGAUCCUGGCAGGAGUACCGAGACUUGCGGGGCAGAUCCACCGGCCUUAUCUCUGCGGAGGGUGAACAGUGGCUCAAGAUGAGAAGUGUGUUGAGACAAAGAAUUCUGAAACCGAAAGAUGUGGCCAUUUUUGCAGGAGAAAUCAACCAAGUUAUUGCUGAUUUAAUUAAAAGAAUCUACUUCCUCAAGAGCCAGGCAGAAGAUGGAGAUACAGUGACCAACAUCAAUGACCUUUUCUUCAAAUACUCAAUGGAAGGAGUGGCCACCAUUCUUUAUGAGAGUCGCCUGGGCUGUCUGGGGAACAGCAUCCCGCAGUUGACCGCAGACUACAUCGAGGCCCUGGCGCUCAUGUUCUGCACGUUCAAGACCUCCAUGUAUGCCGGCGCCAUCCCUAGGUGGCUCCGCCUGCUCAUCCCCAAACCCUGGCAGGAAUUCUGCAGGUCCUGGGAUGGACUCUUCGAAUUCAGCCAAAUUCAUGUUGACAACAAGCUGAGGGACAUACGGUGCCAGAUGGAAAGAGGAGAGAGAGUGCGAGGAGGGCUGCUCACUUACCUCUUCCUCAGCCAGGAACUGACCCUGGAGGAAAUCUACGCCAACAUGACCGAGAUGCUGCUGGCCGGUGUAGACACGACAUCGUUCACGUUGUCCUGGGCAGUGUAUCUCCUCGCAAGGCACCCAGAAGUGCAGCAGGCCCUGUACCGGGAGAUCGUGAGGAAUCUGGGCCAAAGGCACGUUCCCACAGCCGCAGACGUCCCCAAAGUCCCGCUGGUCCGAGCUCUGCUUAAGGAAACCUUGAGGCUGUUUCCAGUGCUGCCAGGGAAUGGCCGGGUCACCCAAGAGGACCUGAUUGUUGGCGGGUAUCUGAUUCCCAGAGGCACCCAGCUGGCCCUCUGCCACUAUGCCACAUCCUAUGAGGACGCGAACUUCCCUCGGGCCAAGGAGUUCCGGCCUGAGCGCUGGCUGCGGCAAGGAAACCUGCGCAGGGUUGACAAUUUCGGGUCCAUCCCCUUCGGCUACGGGGCUCGAAGCUGCAUUGGGCGGAGGAUCGCAGAGCUGGAGAUCCACCUGCUCGUGAUCCAGCUGCUUCAACAUUUUGAGAUCAAAACGUCUCCUUGGACUAAAACUGUUCAUGCAAAAACCCAUGGGCUUCUGAUGCCAGGGGAGCCCAUCCACGUGCGUUUUGUUAACAGAAAGUGAGCCUGGCGUUUUUCACCCAGCCACCAGACCGACACACAGCAGGUGUUUGUGGGCCACGGAUGACGGCAGGGGAGGAAAGAAUCCCUUCUCGGGCAAUCUCGGUUGUAGACUGGCCUCCUCGGUCCUGGGAAACUUUGAAAUCUUUUUGUAAAGUAAUGUGAGAAGAUUACUUUUGCAUUCCAGAGUUGCCUUUUUUUUUGUUUGUUUUUUGAGUAACAGCUGUUGAGAAGCCAGUGGCACUGAAUUCUCAGUCCUCAUAUGGUGUCUUGCCCUUGGACUCUCCUCUGCAUUUGGGCCAGGAAUUGUUGGUAUACUUACAAAUUCAGUGCUUGAACAUACCUUCUCUGAUACUGCAUCAGGACUGCAUCUUAGGACAGAAUUCCAACUUCUUAUCUUGAAGAGGAAACAUUAGAGGCUUCUGUAGAACAGACCUGUGGUUGCCAAGGAGGGUGGGUGAGGGAGAGAAAGAUUGGGAAUGUAGAAUUAGCUGUAUAGUACAGGAAACUGUAUUCAGUAUCCUGGGAUAAGCCAUAAUGCAAA